CUAUAUGAAUCUCAACAAAGAGGUCUCUCGGUCCGGUGCGGCAGCGUCCAGCCUCACCUCCUGCAGUCCCCCAGCCCGCCGCUUGGGGGCGGCGCCUGUCCUCUCGAGUCGCUCUCUCUCCUGAUUGGUCGCUCAGAAAACCAGCCAGCCGCGUCAAAACAAGAAAAAAGACAGCAGGGCCCGCGGUCAGCAUCUCCGUCAGUCAGCAGGAUGACCGACAAACACUUGUUGUGCUUCUUGCUGAUCUGCUUGCAGCUUUGCUGGGCGGAGGACAGGAAGAUCGACGCGGGGAAGACGGACAACGACACACUUUGGGGCUCUGUAAAGACCAGACGAUUGUUUGCAAGGCAGAAGAUCUCUCCACUGCAACAAAGUCCAAUCCUUAAGCACAGAUCAAACAUCCUGUCUCCCGCGCGCCGCUGCGGCCGCCUGAUGGAAAGCUGCUCCUCUCACACACCGUGCUGCGAUCCUUGCGCCUCCUGCCGCUGUCGACUCUUCAACACCAUCUGUCACUGCUGGAGGAUGAACCCCUUGUGCCUGAAGAGGACCUAGGUGGAGCUCCCACUCACAGACAUGUACACAGUUUGUACAAAAUGGUAAAAAAAAAAUAAAAAACUUAGGUCAGAGUGUAAACAGCAAAGCUGCAAAUGUUUAAUGUUUGUAUCCACAAAAUGUGACUGUAUUUUUGUUUGUGUCCCUAAAGGACUGUUAUAAAUGAAAAAAAUGUUAUAGAUUACCUUUAAUUUAUUACAAUCAGAUUUUCUCAGUUAUCAGGAUCUGCUUUUUACUUACAGAAAGAUCCAUUAAGUUUUUCUUUUUUAAUUAACACUAUAUAUUUUUUGCAGACUUGAUAAUAAGAAGCAAGCAAAAACCAACUGAUUGUUGCUCAAUAGAGAGCCACCCAAUUGUGUUUUGCAGCAGAAAAGUGAAAAGAAAACGCUGAGAUUGGGUCAUGUGAGGAAACUCAGCUCUGCUGACGCUGUUCCAUGGACUGGAAUAAGAGGAAAUUCCUCUGAGCUGAUUCGGAGAAGAGAUCAGUGGUUACCAAAAAGACUUAGCUUUUGGCACACACUAAAGGGUUCAGACAGACUCUGGAUCCAUUGGACUUAAAGCUAAUAUAGAAGACUGUCUUGUGUUUUUAGUUAAGUAAUGUGAAAAACUCCCACUAGUGUGCACAGUCGUCUUAGCUGCAGAGAAACUUUGUGAAUGAGAGAAAAAAAAACAAAGAUGCAAAGCAUAAAAAUGGUUUGGAUAACACUCAAAGCUGCAACAUAUAGCCUACAGUUGUAAUAUACAAGGGAUCUGGUUUUCUGUUUGUGCAGGAUUAAUGUUAACUCUUCUCUGACAUUUUGCUGACGUCUCCUCCGUUUCUUCUUUCCUCCCAUCGUGCCGAAAUUCAAACGGCAACUUUAUUUCUCCUUGUUCCUUGACAGACUACUUUUGUGUACUUUACUUGUUAUUGUUGGUACCUAUCAGUAUUUGUAUUUUUAAGUUAAAAUUCUUUUUUUUAUUUUUGCAAUCUAAAUAAACAUAUUUGUAAUCCUUUGCUUUUAAUUUGAACUAUUUUAGAAUAAAGAGUGAUGUUUACAAAGGAA